UGUUUUUUCCUGAACAUGUACGUGACUAGUAGAUACAGUCAUCAUAACUUUGUUGUCUUCAACGAAUAAUGUUGGUUACUGAGAAGCUGCAGACGAUAUGAAAGACAGAAACAAACAUGCAGAAUGGUGUAAAUGUGAUCUCAAUUCCUAAAAACAGUAUAUAUUUUGUCAUACCAUGGAUAUAACAGCCAUGGCACUUAAAAUAUUAAAGUCUGGGAAAAGGAGACGAUACUUUUUCAGAACAUUUUGUCACAGUGUACCUCUUAGUUCAGUUAAAAAAAUCGUGAGGAAGAGUGAGAACACAACCCCUUCUUCAUGGAAGGUUAUGUUUUUUGGAACCGAUGAUUUCUCCUUAGGAAGUUUAUCUCGACUCACUGAUGAAAUGAGAACUACAAAAACCGUAUCGAAGCUUGAGGUUGUCUCAUCAAAGUGGCAUCUGAAUCCAGUGAGACUCUUUGGCCAAAAAGAGGGACUUGUUAUUCAUGAGUGGCCCAUUGACCCACAUGUCAUAAGUGAUUUUGAUAUUGGUGUGGUAGCAUCCUUUGGUCACCUAAUACCUAAACAAGUUAUUGAUUCGUUUCCUUUGGGGCUGUUGAAUGUACAUGGAAGUCUACUUCCCAGAUGGCGUGGUGCAUCUCCAGUUAAUUAUGCAAUAAUGCACGGUGAUGAAAUUACUGGUAUUUCUAUAAUGCGUAUUCAGCCAUAUGAGUUUGAUCUAGGUGAAGUAGUCACCAAGAGAGAAGUACAGAUUCAUCCAAUGGAGACGGCUCCUCAAUUACGACAACGAUUGAGUGAGAUUGGAGGGGAGGAAAUAAUUUCUUGCAUCCGGAAACUUCCUAUGUGCUUAAUGAAUGCAAAGCCCCAGCCACAUGACGGUGUAACUUACGCCCCCAAAAUCACAUCAGAUUUAGGAGUUAUUGAAUUUGAUAAAAUGAGCGCCAAAUGCAUUUACAACAAGUUCAGAGCACUAUAUGGCAUAGUUCCUCUGAUGAUAUCAUGGAUGGGAUUAAGACUUAGCUUACAUGAUGUCUCUGCCCUGGAUGACAACUUAGAUACUGAACUUCAAGGAUUAAUCGGUAUUACUAGCAGUCUCCCAAUUAAAGACAGUUCCCAGUCCGCGUCAGUUAUACCAGGGCAAGUUUUAUACAGCAGAAAAGGUAAAUAUCUAAUUAUAGGAUGUAGGGAAAACUCAUUCUUAAUAGUAAGGCGAAUAGCACCACACAGGAAACGGCCAUUAAGUGCUGUUGAAUUCUAUAACGGUUAUUUAUCAAAAGAACAAGAUAAAGCUUUAUGGAUAUUCAGUUAGUCACUCAUAAUUUUUGCUUAUUUAAAAUGUCCCUAAAACUUGCGGUAGGUUAUCAUUUUUUUUCCUAAUUUUUUUCUUGGGAAGUUAACCUGAGGGAUUAAGUGUACAUUACUAUACCAGGAUUUGACAAAUCAAAUGAAAAAUAAAAUUGGACAGGUACAGUUUAUUCUACUGUGGAUGCGUAUCUGAAUAGAACGCAUGACAUGUACCCAAUCUAUGCAUUGGAAAACUGUACAUUAUUCACAGAUCAUCUUCUGUACAAAAUAGAAAGAUAAAUACAGGGUCACUUUUUCCUCA